AUGACUACUCCAGAUCCAGAUUUUGAUUACCUGCAGCCGGGCUUUGAUCCCGCUUCUGUGACAGUACCCCGGCUGCGCAAUAUUCUCCUAUCGCACGAUGUCAACUAUCCAUCAUCAUCAAAGAAGCCGCAGCUUAUUGACCUAUUUAAUGAGCAUGUGUCACCACAGGCGAAGAGAAUUCUCUCCGCGCGAUCGAGAACUAAGCGAUCGACGAGGGGCAUACAAGAUGUACCAUCAAGUAACGCAUCUGUAAUAGACGAGGAAGAAGACUUUGAGCGCGAUAUCACUCCUGUCACAACAACAAGAACAUCCCGAAGGAGUCGUGCGGCUCCCAGUGAAGAGGCUGGGCCUAUAGAGCUUCCAGGGCGGAGAACGCCAGCAAGAAGUGUCGCAAGUAAACAGUCAAGACAGUCUAGUCUACAAGUCGAGGAUAAAUUGAAUCGGCGUCGCACAAGAAUGAGCGCAACCCCUGCUACUACCAUCAAGAGUGAAGAAGAUUCUGAAUCGGAGUCGCACCAAAACAACGAUGAGGAAAGUCCUUUCACAACCGACAACCCCUUUCAGAGCGGAAGUUCUCCCCUUAUGCCAGACGCAAAGCCUAAGCGCGACUUUCGCCGCAAGACAUUAGAUCCACCAGAAGCGCAUGAGAAGCGCAGAAGCGGAGCAAGCAGACGUCGGACCGAUGUCCCUUUGUCAGCACACGAUGAGGACAAACAAAUAUCGCGCUCAUCGCGCAGAUCUAUAGUCCCGGUAUCGCAAAUUAUCCCUAAAGAGGAAGAGGAAGAUUCGGAUGAGCCUGAAGCUGGAGAGGAGUUCGCGCCUGAUGCCCAGCUGGAGCUCGAGCAGGAUCGCGCGUUGGCAGGAAAUACAGGACUCGUGCCAGCGAGACGACAGCAAGUGACCAGACGACCUGCAGCUGUUAAGCCUGCAUUCCUGUCUGUCUUGACAGCCUUGGCUGUUGGCAUAGCGGCAUUGUGGAGACAGGAGAAGUUGACUGUUGGUUAUUGUGGCAUUGGCCACCACUCACAAGAGCUCGCUGGUGUAGAAAUUCCAGAAUGGGCAGAUCCCAUCAGACCCCAGUGCGAGCCGUGUCCGCAACAUGCCUACUGUUCUGAAAACCUGCAAACGACCUGCGAAACUGAUUUCAUUCUGAAAGAGCAUCCACUAUCAUUGUUUGGCAUAGUACCAUUUCCUCCGACUUGCGAGCCAGAUGGCGAGAAAACCCGCAAGAUCAAGCAGGUCGCUGAUCGAGCUGUAGAGGAACUGCGCGAGCGUAACGCCAAAUAUGAGUGCGGAGAGCUAAAGGAUGAUCAGGGAAAGAAGAUCGAAUCACCGGCGAUUCCAGAGGUCGAACUGAAGCAAACUGUCUCCGAAAAGAAGAGAAAGGGAAUGUCAGAUGCGGAGUUCGAAGAUCUUUGGCGCGGAGCCAUUGGAGAGAUCUUAGGCAGAGAUGAGAUCACCAGUACAGUCAACCACCGCCUUGUCGCCUCCAAGAGCACCGCGAAAAUCGGACUAUCAUGCGCCCUCAGACGAUCCCUCCGAGUCGCGUUGGCAAGAUAUAUUUGGCAGCUUGUUGGACUAGCACUUUUCGGGAUGACAGGGGGCUAUGGCUACCUCAAGAUUACGUCGGGUCGCAAAACUGAAGCAACAGCGAAACAUCUAGCAACAUACGCUCUAGACCGUCUUGCUCAGCAGGCCGCGCUUCAUGCUCAUGAUAGCACCUCCUUUCCUGAGAACUGGAUCAGCAUGGGCCAGCUGCGAGACGAUAUCUUGCGCAACGAGUUCUCCGCCAGUAGACGGCAAAAGCUGUGGGAGAGGGUGCAGAAGAAAGUCGAGCAGAAUUCCAACGUACGACCAAUGGUCCGCGAAGGGCGAAGUGGAGACGUUAGCAGGGUAUGGGAGUGGAUUGGUGCAGUUGGCGCAUUGGACAGUGUUCCGAGUAGUGGCCGCCGUCAGAGCUCAAAAUACAGCUUGGGAGGCAUUGCUAGCAGUAGCCCAGCUGGUGUGGGUCAAGACAGAUCGGAGAUGGAGAUGAAGAGCUGGGACGAGGGAAGACCGAUUUAUUAAUAUCACGUUCGCCUUCUUGGUGUACCUAUUCAAGAGCGCAUAGCGCAUCGAUUGCCGCAUUUUCAAAUAGGGGCUUGGCGCUUGUGUUUUCUUUUGCAGCAGAGAUACCACAUCUAGGGGUCCGAUAGGUAGUGGCUUGGGCGGUGUCUUAGGUCGGAUUAUGUGUUGUCAGCGUUUCGGCCUUGGUAUAGCAUACGCGUUAUCCGGCAUCCCACGUCGUAGUUCCUAGUAGUUGCCUAUCAAUGAAUGGGCAGGGCGGAAUGUUGGACCUUGGCUUGCGCGUGUUUGGUUUAGGUGUCGCAUGUUCA